UUAUGGUUAAGUAAUUUUCGCGCCAUGGCCCGUACGAAACAGACCGCCCGCAAGUCCACCGGAGGGAAAGCUCCCCGCAAACAGUUGGCAACGAAGGCUGCCCGUAAAAGUGCCCCAGCUACGGGUGGCGUUAAGAAGCCCCAUCGCUACAGACCAGGAACUGUCGCGCUGCGAGAAAUUCGUCGCUAUCAGAAGUCGACAGAGCUACUAAUCCGCAAGCUGCCCUUCCAGCGUCUGGUUCGUGAGAUCGCGCAGGACUUCAAAACCGAUCUGCGCUUCCAGAGCUCAGCCGUCAUGGCCCUUCAAGAAGCCAGCGAGGCUUACCUGGUUGGUUUGUUCGAGGAUACCAAUCUGUGCGCUAUCCAUGCCAAGCGAGUGACCAUCAUGCCGAAAGACAUCCAACUGGCUCGCCGGAUCCGUGGGGAGCGGGCCUAA